AUGGACCAAGGGCACUACAACUGCAGGGACUAUGACGUUUCGCCUCACUUCCGUCCGACGACGAUAGCAACGACAACGACGACGAGCAGCCGUACCUCCGCGCCUCUCUUCCGCCAUGAGUCCUUCGACGAGCUCGAGCAGCGGUCUCGCUCUCCAGCAAGCUUCAAGCCAAAGUUCCCACUCCUGCAACUGCCCUUGGAGUUGAGACGGCAAAUCUUCAACUACCUGCUCCCAAGAACAUACGACCGAUCAGAUCCGAAUCCAUUGGCCAGCCAUGCGCGCAACUUCAGCGCUGUAAAGAAGAGGGCAGCCAAGGGUAUGAUAAUACCAAAGGCCGACAUACAGCGAGGCGGUGCACAUAUCGUGUGGCAAAGAGCGAACGCUGACUUAUUGAGGGUAUGUCGGCAGAUACAUGAUGAAUGCGCCGAAAUGCUCUAUGGAGGGAACACUUUCUUGCUGUUCUUGACAUAUUCGGGCAUCGCGUUCAGGUUCAAUUACCUGCUGCCAACAGGCAUGGCUCCGAGCAGACGAUUCAACUUCCUGGAGUUGAUGCCGAAGAGAUAUCUGGCGUUGGUCAAACGAGUGGUGGUGAAUGUGGACCAUGUGGACUCAUAUACGGGAAUGAUCAAGUUCAAUGUUGGUGGCAAAGGUCUCACGCAUGGACUGUCAAAUCAAGUCCGAAGGCUCGUGAACGCGCUGCAGCCACCUCUCGCCCUCAACGAUGAGCCGAAACACGACGAGGUUCAUGAAAGUGGCAGAGACAGUGGCAUGGAGAUGCGCAGCGACGAAAGACGACUGGCCAAAGUCCACGUCCGCGUCUCGAAUGGAAACGUAGUCCUGGGCCAGAUCAAAAGCCAACGCGAGGAAGCUUUGAAGAUCGAGCAAGACGUCGAAACAAUGCUCGCACCGUUCGGUGACCUACGAGGCGUGCGCGACGUGGCUAUUACGGGUGCGGUCAUGAAGCCAUUCGCUGACAGCCUGCGGCAGAAAAUGAUGGGUAACGAGAAGCUUGAACAUACGAUUGCAGUGACCAAAGCUCUACGGGUUCUAGAAUUGGAUAUGACGGCGCCGCAGCUUUGUGUUUAUGGCAAUGACAUAUGA